UUUUUUUUUUUUCUCCUUUCAUUAACAACAAAUUCAAUAAAUCUUUUUUUUUAAAAUUAAAAUAAACUCAAUCAAAACUGCCUCUUUUUAUAUUAAACAAACCCAACUUUUUGUCAAACUAAACUCAUUUCCCAGUUAAUUCUGUGGUUUAAUUUGUUUUUUUUUCUAACGACUUUUAAAUCAAUUUACGACCCAAACCCCAAGCUCAAAAGAAAAAAAAGUUUCUUCUUUUUUUUUCUCUAAAAAAAAAAAUUUUUUUUACUUUCUUAAGAAAUUCUUUUAAAUCUGAAAGAUGUAUAACAAUAAUAAGUCAAACACUGAAACUCUUGCAAAAUACCUUUCCCUCGACCAAGGUGGUAAAGUUCAAGCCGAAUAUAUUUGGAUUGAUGGUGAUAGUGGCCUUCGUUCAAAGACUAGAACUCUCGAUUUUAAACCUGCCGAUGUUUCUGAAAUAAGCGAAUGGAAUUUUGAUGGUUCUUCUACUAAUCAAGCACCUGGUGAUGAUUCUGAUGUUUUGUUAAGACCCGUCGCUAUAUUUAAGGAUCCAUUCCGUGGUGGUGAUAAUAUCCUGGUUUUAAAUGAAUGUUUUAAUAAUGAUGGUACACCAAAUAGAACCAAUCAUCGUCACUCAUGCGCAAAAGUUAUGAAAACUUAUACUGAUCAACAUCCAUGGUUCGGUAUUGAACAAGAAUAUACUUUAUUUGAAUCUGAUGGUUCCGUACUCGGUUGGCCAAAAGGAGGUUUCCCUGGACCUCAAGGUCCCUAUUAUUGUUCUGUUGGUGCGAAUGUUGCUUUUGGUCGUGACGUUGUGGAAGCUCAUUAUCGUGCAUGUCUUUAUGCUGGAGUAAAUAUUUCUGGUAUUAAUGCUGAAGUUAUGCCUGGUCAAUGGGAAUUUCAAGUCGGACCAUGUGAAGGAAUUGAUAUGGGAGAUCAUCUUUGGAUAGCUAGAUUCCUUUUACAACGUGUUGCAGAAGAUUUUGGUAUCAUUGUAUCAUUCCAUCCAAAACCAAUAAAAGGAGAUUGGAACGGAGCAGGUUGUCAUACGAAUUAUUCAACACAAGCUAUGAGAGAAGAAGGUGGUAUAAAAGCAAUACAUGCAGCUAUCGAUAAAAUGGCAGCACGUCAUGCAGACCAUAUAACUGUCUAUGGUGAAGAUAAUGAUCAACGGUUAACUGGUAGACACGAAACAGGUCACAUAUCACAAUUCUCAUACGGUGUUGCCAAUCGUGGUGCCUCAAUUCGUAUACCAAGACAUGUUGCUGCCGAAGGAAAAGGUUAUUUGGAAGACCGACGUCCUGCUUCUAAUAUCGAUCCUUACCGUGUCACUCAAAUUAUUGUUGAGUCUUCACUUGCAUAAAAAAAAAAUACUAAUAAUAAUACAUUUUUUAUUAAGUGUGAAAUUAACUUUUCUACAUUUAAUAAAAAAAAUAGUUGGAAGAAUUCCACACCUUUACAUAAUAUUAUAAAAAAAAAAAAAAUUCAAAAAAAAUAAGCUUUUAAUAAUAUUAUUAUUAGUAAAAUUAGGUCUAGCAGACGUCAUAUGAUAUAAAUUAUUUUUUAU